AUGGCGCUGCAGGCACCCAAGAAGGCGGCCCCGGGGAACCCCAGCCAUCUGCUGCCGUCGGAGCUGGUAGACCGCUGCGUCGGGCAGCGCAUCUGGGUGCUGAUGAAGGGCGACAAGGAGCUGGUGGGGACGCUGGAGGGGUUCGACGUGUACGUCAACAUGGUCCUGUCGGACGUGACCGAGAUCGACCCCACGCCGAGCGGGCCGGUCACGAACCACCUGGACCAGAUCCUGCUCAACGGGAACAACAUCGCGUGCCUGAUCCCGGGUGGCAAGCCGGACUCCUGA